AUGAAAAGAAGCCAUUUGCUCUUUUCUUUGCUCUACUUGGCCUUGUUAUUUGGUAUCGGUGUCUCUUCUACUAAUUCUUCUAAGAAGAACUACCUAUGUGAUCAAGGUGAUUCCCUUCUGCUACUACAAUUCAUAAAACACUUUGAGAUACACGAAGCUGAUCAAUUCUUGUGCCAUGGAGGUUAUGGGAUGGAAGAGAAGUUAUCUUGGGAUGAGAGCUCUGACUGUUGCCAAUGGGAAGGUGUUACCUGUGAUACUUCCACUGGUCAUGUCAUUGGUUUGGAUCUUUACUGCAACGGGCUCAAAGGAUCCAUCCAUCGUAAUAGCACCCUUUUUCAACUUCAACAUCUUCAGAAACUCAAUCUUGCCAUGAAUAAUUUCGGCUUCAGCCCUCUCCCAAAUGAGAUUGGUAGUUUGACUCACUUGACUUACCUCGACCUUUCAUAUUCUCGUCUAUCGGGAAGCAUCCCAUUUGAAAUGUCGCAUUUGUCCAAGUUAGUUUAUCUUGAUCUUUCUUUUAAUUUUGAUGGCAAUGUUUCGAGGUUACUAUUUCUUCAAAACUUCACCAAGCUUGAGGUACUUUUUUUGUCUGAAAAUAGUAUUUCAAGUACCAUACCGGGAAACAUAUCUGCUUCAUUGCAAGAUAUAGAUCUUUCAGACAACAAUAUAAUUGGCCCCAUUCCAGAUAGCAUUUCCCAGUUAUCUGAAUUAAAAUCACUUGAUCUACACGGGAAUGUAGAUCUGGUCAGUUCAUUGCCAAAGUUUGGCUGGAGAAGCAAUCAUACCCUGAAAAUCUUACAUCUUAGUGAAACGGGUAUUUUUGGAGAGUUGUCAAAUUCAAUUGGCAAUUUCAGGUCCUUAAACUAUUUCAGACUCUCUAAGUGUAGGUUUUUUGGUGUUAUUCAUGAUUCAAUAGGCAACCUAACACACCUGAAAGAGUUGAGUUUAGAUUCCAAUGAAUUCAAGGGUAGUGUGCCAUUCACAAUCUCAAAUUUGAACCAACUAACCACAUUAGACCUUUCAAGCAACCAUUUUGAAGGAGAAAUUCCAGAUGCCUUUUCUAACCUACAAGAGGUUACAGUUUUAGGUCUAUAUGGGAACAAUUUCACUGGGUGUUUUCCUUCUUCAAUUGUAAACUUGUCUCUACUUGAAGAUUUGAAUUUAGAAGGAUAUUCACUCAUUGGCUCCCUCCCAUCUGUUGCGAGUGGAUUCCAAACUCUCCAGACACUAUCCUUGUCUAGGAAUGCACUCAUUGGAAAAAUACCUCCCUGGAUUUUUAGCAGUCCUUUCUUAACCCAUUUGGACCUUAGCCAAAAUCAAUUCAUGGGGCAACUUCCCGAGAUUUCAAGCAAAUCCUUAAGCUUUGCUAAUUUGUCUCAUAAUCGGCUAGAUGGACAAAUCCCUCCUACAUUUUUUAAACUUGAAGAGCUUGAUCUUUCUUUUAAUCUUUUUUCAUGGAGUAAUGAUUGGAGGAUGCCUGAAGUAAAUAUAAGUGAUCUUCCAAUAAGAGACUUACGGUUAUCCUCUUGUGAGAUUAGAAAGUUUCCGGACUUCAUAAGAAACUUAACAUCCCUAGAGAGCCUAGAUCUGUCAAACAAUAAAUUGGAAGGACAAAUUCCAAAUUGGUUUGCAUCUGUGUAUUGGAGAAAUAUGUACUCUUUGGAUCUUUCCCAAAACCAUCUUAUAGGUGGCAUUAACCAAUUGUGGAUCCCACUUUUAGGUUAUCUAGAUCUUCAUUCCAAUCAGCUCCAAGGACCUUUAACCGUCAAUAUCUGCAACUCGAGCCAGCUUCAAUUUUUGAACUUAAGAUGCAACAAGUUCAAUGGCACAAUUCCAGAUUGCUUGGGUGAACUUUAUGAACUUUCUGUGUUGGACUUGGCAAUGAACAACUUCAAUGCCAUUUCUCCAACCAUGUUCUAA